AUGAAGAUGCUGACUGUGAAGACGCUGGCCCUGUGCUUGAUUCUUGCUAAGUCAGCCUGGUCGGAGGAGCAGGAUAAGGUGGUACACGGUAGCCCCUGUUUGAAGAACUCGCACCCUUUCCAAGCUGCUCUCUACACCGCGGGUCACUUGCUGUGUGGUGGGGUCCUCGUUGACUCACAGUGGGUUCUCACAGCUGCCCACUGCAAAAAACCGAAUCUGGAGGUGCGCUUGGGGAAACACAAUCUAUGGCAAACAGAGACUUUCCAAAGGCAGAUCUCUGUGGAUCGGACUGUUGUCCAUCCCCACUACAACCCUGACACCCACAACAAUGACAUCAUGAUGGUGCACCUGAACUCUCCAGUCAAAUUCUCUCAAAAGAUCCAGCCUCUGCCCUUGAAGAAAGACUGCUCUGACGACAAUAUCAACUGUCAGAUCCUGGGCUGGGGCAAGAUGGAAAAUGGUGAAUUCCCAGACACCAUCCAGUGUGCUGAUGUCCAACUGGUGCCCCGCAGUGAAUGUGAGCUUGCCUACCCUGGUAAGAUCACCCGGAACAUGGUGUGCGCAGGGGACAAGAAAGAAGGGAACGACUCCUGCCAGGGUGAUUCUGGAGGUCCCCUGGUAUGUGGGGAUCGCCUCCGAGGGCUGGUGUCAUGGGGUAACAUGCCCUGUGGAUCGAAGAAGAAGCCGGGAGUUUACACUGAUGUCUGCACUCAUACCAGAUGGAUCCAAAACAUCAUCAGAAACAAGUGGCUCCGACAUGAGACAUCCAUUUCCGGAAACAUGGCCUCUGGUGUGGCUGUCUCUGAGGGUGUCAUCAAGGUGUUCAAUGACACGAAAGGUCCGAGUCCUCAACGCCAGAAGAAAUGCUGCCAGACAAGGACUGCCGCUCUGCAGCCUACCGAGGGGAGCCGGCAGGAGGACCCGGCGUUCAUGUUCUGGGCCCCUGAGAGUGCACCCCUUAGGAGCAAACUGAUCUAUGCCAGCUCCAAGGGUGCUGUUAAGAAGAAGCUGACGGGAAUCAAGCACGGCUUACAAGCGAACCGCCACGAGGUCACAGACUGCUGCACCCUGGCAGAGAAACCAGGUGGCAGCGCGUCAUCUCCCCGGAGGGCGAGACUUUGUGCAGUGGUCAUGGCGAGGGCAGGACACCCCUGGAAGUGGACAAUGGCCACCCUGAUCGCAAGCCUGGUUCUGGGGGUCUCAGAGCCUGUUCUUGCUGCCGACGUUUCCUCUUGUGACGACCCCUCUGGCACCCAACCCUCUGGGAAGAACAGAGACCUCAGCACGGAAUCCGGGUCAGGGGAGGACAACCGUUCCGAUAGCAGCUCUCGGAUUGUGAAUGGGUCAGAUUGCAAAAGGGACGCAGAGCCGUGGCAGGGUGCCCUGCUGCUCGGGCCCAACAAGCUGUACUGUGGGGCCGUACUGAUCAGCCCACAGUGGCUGCUCACGGCAGCACACUGCAGAAAGCCAGUGUUCAGAAUCCGUCUGGGCCACCAUUCCAUGUCACCUGUCUAUGAGUCUGGGCAGCAGAUGUUUCAGGGAAUCAAAUCCAUCCCCCACCCUGGCUACUCCCACCCUGGCCACUCCAAUGAUCUGAUGCUCAUCAAGAUGAACAGAAAAAUCCGUGACUCUCACUCAGUGAAGCCUAUCAAAAUUGCUUCUGAAUGUCCCAUGGAGGGGACCAGGUGCAUGGUGUCAGGCUGGGGGACAACAAGCAGCAGCCAGAAGAACUUCCCCAAAGUCCUCCAGUGCCUGAAUAUCACUGUGCUGAGUGAGGAGAGGUGUCAAAAAUCUUACCCAGGACAGAUAGACAAGACCAUGUUCUGUGCUGGUGACGAAGCGGGCAGAGACUCCUGCCAGGGUGACUCCGGGGGACCUGUGAUCUGCAAUGGCCAGCUGCAGGGCCUUGUGUCUUGGGGUGAUUACCCCUGUGCCCAACCCAACAGGCCAGGUGUCUAUACCAACCUUUGCAAGUUCCAUAAUUGGAUUGAGAACACCAUAAAGUGCAACUAA